AUACAUUUUGAUGCACGAUGGAUUCCAAUGAAUGGACAAUGCGGCAAGCCUACACCAUAUAUGCUUAUCCUAAUCACCGGCUGACUUUACCCGAUGACGGUCCAGUGAAUCUUGCACUCAAUCAGCGCAAUUUAUUCAAGUCUGGUUUGUGACGUUGUAGCUCGAACAGAACGAUUCAAUUAUGUGCGUUGUGACCGUGAAUUUCCACAGACGUGCAUGAUUCGUAUGUCAUUUUCAUUCAUUCGCAAGAGACAGAUUGAAUAUUCAAGAAGUCGAUUGUCUUGUAGCAUCUAGUAUGUAUAUAUAGUGCAGCUAUCGAUAGGAGGGCGCUGUAAUGACUACCCAAAAUUGCUCGGUGACAAUAACCAGGCAGCCCAAAACUUCAUGUUUGAACCGGUUCCUAGGAUCGGACCUUUUAUGCCUAUGAUUGUGUUGUUUGUUGGUGUUCCCCUUGUUUGGACCCUGGACUCAGAUCACGGUGCUCGGGCUCGUCCGUCGCUCUGGUGGUCAAACUUCCCAACGAUGGAAGCUCCGUUCUGUCGACGCACAUUAAAUUUACGCCAGUACUUUGGGUACCGAGUUUGCUUGCGAUUUGUAGACCAGUUUCCGUUAGGCAAUCUCUUGCCCGUGACUGUCGGUCGCAUCAUUGACCAUUUUUCGAUGUUCACUGGCGAACAAUACCUUGGAAUAGCGCACGAGCAUGCCGUCCAAUUCGCUUCGGUGGGAUUCCUAGGCGUUAUUUUUUCUCGACUCAUCUUGCCUGUCCCUUUCGCAAUUGAUCAUCACGCUCACGCGCCGCUGCUCGGCGGUCCAUGUGUUUUCAAUUUGACGAUAUUCAACAUUCUCAGACGCAGACACUCGAUGCUCAACGUCAUUUUGUGCAGUAUCAUUCGCGCUCUCCUGAUGCUGUUGUUGCACAAGAUCCAGAGCUUCCAAAUAUCCGAACGUUCGAAGAGAAGCGAGAAAUCGAUCAUCCCCGACUCCUAGGAGGCCUUUGUUUUGAUUUUGAUGAUAUGUUUUCUCCCUGUCAUUUUCGUGGUGAGGUGUAUACCCCAUGAACUUUAUUCGGCAUCGGAUGUUUCAUUUUUUGAAUUAUCGCCACAUUUGUCCUCGAGAACGCUGAACAUUUGUCGUUCACGACGUUA